AUGAAGUGGAAAUCUGUCGUCACCUCCUCGGUGGCUUUGUUCCUGUCGCAAGGAGGUCUGUCCGUUCCGCUUGCUGAGAAUGACAUUGUGAAACGAGACAUUCCCAAGGCUGUUUAUGCGCAUUUCAUGGUUGGAAUCGUCGAGAAUUACACGGUCGAUGACUGGAAGAUGGAUAUGGCUUACGCAAUGGAAAUUGGCAUCGACGGAUUCGCCUUGAACAAUGCAAACAUUGACAGCUACACGCCCACACAGUUGGCCAACGCAUACCAGGCGGCCCAAGAAGUGGGCUUCAAGGUCUUCAUCUCGUUUGACUUUGCGUACUGGAAUAAUGGGAAUACAGCCCAGAUCACGGCUUAUAUGCAGCAGUAUGCCAACCAUCCUGCCCAGGCCAUGUACGACGGUGGCGCGAUUGUCAGUACGUUUGUCGGCGAGUACUUCGACUGGGCUCCGGUCAAAGCUGCCGUGAGCCACAAGAUUGUAGCCCUUCCCAUGAUGGAAGACCCCAUCCAAGUCAAUCAACUGCACACGUCCUUUGACGGAGCCUUUUCUUGGUAUGCCUGGCCAACGGAUGGAGGCAAUAGUAUCAUCCCCGGCCCCAUGACGACGGUCUGGGAUGACAAGUUCAUUGCCAAUCUCGCUGGCAGGCCCUACAUGGCUCCCGUUUCUCCAUGGUUCUCUACACACUUCAACUCCAAAAACUGGGUCUUCAUCAGCGAACAGCUCAUCACUGAUCGAUGGAACCAGAUGCUUGCUCUCAAGCCCUCUCUCAUCGAGAUUAUCACCUGGAACGAUUUCGGCGAAUCUCACUACAUUUCGCCUCCUGAACCACACCACAAGGAUGACGGUUCGUCCCAGUGGGCUGACGGUAUGCCGCACGAUGGCUGGAGAAUCAUCAUGAAGCCAUACAUUGCCGCCUACAAGGCCGGCCUCAGCGCCCCCGUGGUGGACAAAGAUCAGCUUGUUUACUGGUACCGCCCGACGCCCAAGAAUACCCAGUGCUCUGGCGACCCUCUUGGUCCUCCUAGCGGCCGAGAUCUGCUCGCCGACGUGGUGUUUGUGACGACUUUGCUGACCAGCCCCGGCCAAUUGACUGUCCAGAGCGGCGGUAAUGCUCCCGUGACGAUCAAUGUGCCUGCUGGCGUGACAACUCACAACUUCACAAUGGGUGUUGGAUCUCAGCAGUUCCAUGUGUCGAGAAGCGGAUCGCAGAUUCUGGGCGGCACUGGAGGGUUGGACAUUAAGAACACUUGCAUAUUCUACAACUUCAACGCUUAUGUUGGCUCUUUCAACGGGACAGGGGGCAAUCCUCCUCCCUCGUCCUCGUCCACCUCAAGCUCGAGCAGCACAAGCACCACGACCCGUCCUACAACCUCAACAUCAACCUCCAGCACCAGCACCAGCACCAGCACCAGCACAACUACAACGCCACCGCCAACGACAACUACUACCACUUCGGCAAAACCGACCAGCACCUCUAGUCCUUCAAAUGUCUGCACUGCCGGAACAGUUGCACCGGGUGAGUCUGGCAACUACAUUGGUCUCUGUAACUUCUCAUGCUCGUACGGAUACUGCCCUCCUGGCCCCUGCGUCUGCACUGCAUACGGGUCUCAGAAACCUCUUCCACCUACUUCCGGCUACCAAGGAUGUCCUCUCCCAGGCGAGGGUGAUGGAUAUCUCGGCCUCUGCAACUUUGCCUGCAGCCACGGAUACUGCCCCAACACAGCCUGUCAGAGGUGUUAA